AUGCCCAGACCACCCUCCGCUCUUCUGGUCGAGGGCGGCGAGCGGCUGACGUCCUCCGCGCUGUCCAGCCUCGGCUGGUACACCCUUGACGAGCGGAAGGUAGCUAGCCGCCCGGUUUGGCGGCACGCAGUGCAUGCGGACCGCUGGCUCGCCUUUGACGGCGAGGCGUGGCUCUGCCAGACUACCGACUGCCUGGGGCAGGCGCGAGGGAUGCUGCAGCUCAGCGACCCAAAGUGCGGCUCGCCCGACCGCAGCCUGAUGCCCUGGAAGUCACCGCGCGAGCACUCUGCCACCGGGUGGACGGUGCAGCCGACGCUCACUUGCACGGCCAAGACUGCCGAGGAGCUCGCGGCGGCGAUGGAGCCGCCAGAGGCGCUGCACCUUAAGAGCGCCCGCCCGCUGCCGCUCGACGUCUCCGUCGACUGCCUCGGCUGGUACCGCCUCUCCGACAAGCGGCUGUGCGAGUGGGCCGACCUCCCUCCCGAGGCGAGCGACAAGCUGCCGCGGCUCGCGCAGUGCCCGGUGUGGGUGCACGCGGUGCACGAGGACCGGUGGAUCUCGUGCUCGGACUCGGGCUGGUGGGCGCAGGAAAAGCGCAACCUCGGCGCCUCGGUCGGCUGGCUGCAGCUUCCUUGCCUCUCGUCUCCCUCGCCGCCCGUCUCUGCGCAGGUGUGGAAGAUGUGGGACGGGCGUGUCUGGCUCUCGCAGCCACUGCUCACCUGCUCCGCGGCGACGGCGGAGGAGCUCGCCGCGGCGCUGGAGCCGCAGCCGGCGCUGCUGCUCGACUGCAGCGAGACGCUCGCCUCGCCCGCGGCGUCGGACCUCGGCUGGUACACGCUGACGGAGCGGCGCGUGUCCGGGAGGCCGGUGUGGCGGCACGCUGUCCACGCGGACCGGUGGCUUGCGUUUGACGGCUCGCGCUGGCUCUGCCAGCUGACUGAGUGCCUCGGCCAGUCCAAGGGGAUGCUGCAGCUGAUCGACGGCUCUUGCGUCUCCCCCGAUGCGUCGCGGCAGCGCUGGAAGGCGUGGGACGGUAAGCGGUGGGACGACCAGCCGACGCUGCGCUGCGAGGCGCACAGCGACGAGUCGCUCCGCCGCGCGCGCGUCCCUCCUCCCGCGCUGCUGCUGCAGUGUUCUUCGACGCUCGAGCUCGACACGGCCGCUGCGUGCCUCGGCUGGUACCGCCUCUCCUCCAGCCCCGCCCCCCCCAAGCCGGCCCCCGCCGACCCAGCCUCCUCCGAGGGCGAACCUCGCGACAGCUGCGGCGGCAGCGACGGCGGCGGUGGCGGCGGCGGUACCAGCUGCGGCGGCGGUAAUGGCAGCAGCGGCGGCAGCGGCGGCAGCGGCGGCAGCGGCGGCAGCAGCAGCGGCGGCGGCAGCGGCGGCAGCAGCGGCGGCGGCGGCAGCGGCGGCAGCAGCGGCGGCGGCGGCAGCGAGAGUGGUGGCGGCAGCAGCGGCGGCGGCGGCGGCGGGAGUGGCGGCGGCGACGGCGGCGGCAGCAUCAGCCGCUCGAGUGUGGGUGCGGACAGGGCGGAGCGGCCGGUGUGGGUGCACGCGGUGCAUGAGGACCGGUGGAUCUCGUUCAGCGAGUCGAGCUGGUGGUGCCAGGGCAAGGCGAACGUGGGCGACGCCAAGGGGUGGCUUCACCUGCCAUGCGUCUCGUGCUUCACCCCGCCAGGGUCGAGGCAGGCGUGGCGCGUGUGGGACGGGCGGGCGUGGUCCGCGCAGCCUUCGAUCCGCUGCUUUUCGCGCACCGACGCGGAGCUGGACGAGGCUCUCACCCCGCCGCCUGCUCUCUUGCUCGAGGGCGGCCGCAAGCUUCACCCGGAGGAGCGGGCCUGCUCUCGCGCACACCACUUCCGGCCCUCGCCUCCCCGACCCUUUCUGCGGCUCGCCGAGCGAGUCAACCUCGGCCGCGCAGACGGAUGGCUCGAGCUCUUCGACGCGGGGUGCGUGUCGCCCGACCAGUCGAGGCAGGUGUGGAACGCGUCGGACGGCAAGGACGGCUGGCCGGCGCAGCCGACGAUCACGUGCCGCCGGCCGACCGACGCCGAGGUGACUGCCGAGGCCGUCGCCGCCUCGCUGCUCGCCGAGGAGGAGGAGGCGUCGGCGCGGAGCGCGAGGCGCAAGGCGGCCAAAAAGGGCAAGAAGAAGAGGGGCGGCGGGGCGGAGCAGCCGCCGCCGCCGCCUGCGCCGGAGCCCGCCGCGGUUCCCGCCGCCGCCGCCUCCUCCUCGGAGGCCCUGGCCGAGCCCGAUGCCGUUUGUGGCGGGAGCGGGAGCGGGAGCGGGGGCGGUGCCGGUGCAGAGGCGCCCGUGCCGGCUCCUGGGGCGUACGUGCUCUUGCACUCGCUGGUGGGUCGGCCCGACCUCAACAGCAGGCGCGGGCUCGUGCUGUCGUACGAUGCGAAGAAGAGCCGCGUCGGCGUGCGGGUGGACGGCGAGCCCAAGCCGCUCGCGCUGCGGCCGCACGUGCGCGCGUGGUCAACGGGCGAGAGCGGCGAGACGACGGAGGAGGAGGUGGAGGUGGAGGGGGUGGUGGAGACACCCGAGGAGACCGCCGCGGCGGAGGCGGCGUCGCGGCAGCAGAAGGAGCUCGAGGCCGCGCGCAAGGAGGAGGAGCGCAAGCGCGCCGAGGAGAAGGCGCGGCGCGAGGCGGCUCUAGAGGCGGCGGCGCAGGAGGCGGCGGCGCAGGCGUCGCGCGCGCGCGAGGAGGGGCGAGGCGAGGAGGGGCAGGGGGAGGAGGAGGACGAGGCUGCGGACGAGGCCGAGGCGUCGCGCGCCGCCGAGCGGGCGCGGCAGGCGGAGGAGGCGGCCGCGCGUGACGAGCAGGCGCGGAUCCAGAGGGAGGACGAGCGGCAAGAGGCGGAGCGGCGCGCGAGGAGGGAGGCGGCGGAGGAGGCGCGGCAGGCGGCGGCGCGCGCGCAGGCGGUCGAGCGGGAGAGGGCCGAGGCGGAGGCGGAGGCGCGGCGCGUCAAGCAGGCGGAGGAGGCGGCCGCAGCUGCGGCCGCUGCUGCGGCUGCAGCCGCCGAGCGCGAGGCUGAGCGUGCCGCAGCGGAUCGGGACGAAGAGGAGCUGCUUGCGAGGCGACCAGGGCUCACUGCGUGGUGCCUGCCGCGCGCCUGCAGGCUCGAGCUGGAGGAGGAGUGCCGUGCCGAGGAGACGGGCGUGCCUCAGGGCGGCGCCUCCGCCUACGGCCCCGGGUGGAGCUCGGCGGAAGGGGGCAUCAACCGCAGCCUCGCCGGCCCGAGUGGAGGGCUCGGCCCCGCCCGGUGGCCCGUCGAGCCGGUCAACGCCUGGCCGCCUCAGGGCGAGGCAGCCAACGGGUGGGCCGCCGCGGCGCGAGGCGCCGGCCCGGCGGACGGCGAGAGGGCGCGCGCGCCGGCGCCGAUCCCAGUCAUCCUCGAUCAAGCGUGCGCCUCCAUCGGGCUACAGCCGCCCGAGGGCUACGUCGCGCGCGCCGACGCCCUCACUCGCGCACUAUUCGGCGAGUAA